CUUUGUUAACCAAGAACCAUGGGCGAGAUCGCAAACCACGAAGACUUUCAUCCGGCACCACAAUGGCUUACCGAGUCCUAUUUGGAGCCCAUUCUGCGCAAACACAAGCAGGAUGCGGGUCUAGAGAUCACAGAUUUGAUCAUAAAGCCCGCUACAGCCAAAGGUGAAAACUAUGCCAGUGUUAUGACACGCGUCCGCGUCGAAUUCGUUCGCUCUGAUACCAAAGUCAGUGAGAGUGCGUGUUACAUUGUGAAGACCACCUAUGAGAAUGAUCCCUUUGUGGCCAACAUAUUCGCCGGCUAUAAUGUGACCAACACCGAAAUGUUUAUGUACGAGAAGGUGUUGCCCAAGCUGAGCGAAAUCUUGCGAGAAAUUGGCGACAACGAGAAAAUCUUUGCGGAAACAUUACAUGUGGACUACGAGCAUGCGGCAAUUAUUUUCGAGGAUCUGGCUGUUCUUAACUUUCAAUUAGCCGAUCGUUUAGCUGGCCUCGAUUUCGAGCACACUCAAUUGGCUUUGAAGAAAUUGGCCAAGAUGCAUGCCACGGCUGCUGUGCUGAACGAGCGCAGACCGAAUAUGCUGACUAGAUUUGAGCGCGGUCUGUUCAAUCGUCACACCAAAGGUUUUGGGCCGAUCUUUGAGAAUCUGGUGGGUGUGGCGGCAGACUUCGCAGCCACAUGCUCCGAGCUGGGCAAUGAGUAUCAGCAAAAAUUGCUCGAUUUGAAGAAACGAGUUGUGGAAUAUGCCACACAGGUCUACGAUCCGCAACCGGAACACUUUAAUACUCUCACUCAUGGCGAUUUCUGGGUGAACAACAUUAUGCUGCGCUAUGACGAGCAGCGCAAACCACAGGACAUGGUCCUCAUCGACUUUCAAUUCUGCAGCUGGACCUCGGUAGCUGUGGAUCUGCACUACUUCCUCAACACCUCCAUACAGAAUGACUUGCGCUUCCAGCAACAGGACGCCCUUGUAAAAUACUAUCACGAAGUGCUGGUUGGAACCUUACGAGCUCUCAAAUUUGAGGGAUUUAUACCCUCGCUGCGACAAUUGGUGCUGCAGGUGGAAUCGGGACGAUUUCUGGCUGUUACUUCGUCAUUAGUCUGCCAGGCUAUAAUGAUCAACGAUCAGAAUGCGGAUGCCGACUUUAAUGCGCUUGUGAAAGAAGAUGAGAGGGGUCGCAACUUCCGCAAGCUCCUUUAUAACAACAAAAAGUUGCAGGAUAACGUAAAGCGGGUACUGCCAGUAUUCAAUCGCUGUGGCCUGCUGGAUGUUGUGGAUUAAUCUCACAACAACAUAGCUGUGAUGUUCAGAUUGCAACGAAAUUGUUUCCAUGUUCGGUCCAAAACUAAUAUUAUGAGUAUAUUUUCUUAUCUUAGUAAGAGUGCAUGUAAAUAUAAAUUUAACAGUUUAUACAUAUAACUAAUAUAGAAUUUCCUUUCUCUUGGAAAAGAGAAUAAAUAUCAACAAACACAUAUGUGUUUACCUCAUGAAUUGUUGCUCCAAUCCAAGAGUUUUAAAUAAAAUUGUUAAAUAGAAUAAUACAAAA